AUCAAUAUCUGUGAUAACAUUUUAUAAAAGAUGUUUCAUUAGACGAGAAUAUCUUGUCAAUUUUUACGACUUUAAUGACACUGCAUGUAACGGCACGAUUAUGAAUACCACGUGGAUGAAUAAUGUUGCCGUGCCUCAAGUUAAAAUCAUCGAGCAGCCAUCGAGUAAAGGCACACGUUUUCGUUACGAAUGCGAAGGAAGAUUUAGUAACAAUAUUUUAGGGGCAAGUGGUAAAAAAUCCUUUCCAACGAUACGAAUAAUCAAUUAUAAUGGGCCACUAUCGAUUAUCGUAUCUUGUGUAACAAAAGAUCUACCAUACAGACCUCAUCCACAUAAGCUUGUGAAUGGAAAUGAUAUACAAGAGCACGGAAUCUGCUUAUUUCGAAUCCCUGAAAAUAAUAAACAUGACAUUUCCUUUCGACAUCUAAGCGUCCAAUGUACCGCCAAAAGGAAUAUAAUAAAAUCUCUUGCAGAAAGGGAACGAGUACAAAUCGAUCCAUUCAAAAGUAAAUGCAUAAUAAUACUAUAA